AUGCGCGUGCUCCGAACUCUUGCUGCCUUUUCCCUGCUGGGGCGCUUUGCUGGUGGUGAAAACUGCGGAGAAGAGGGAGAAGACUGGUGCGCUUUGGAGAACGCACAGGAGACCGUCGCAGCCGCUCGCCAGCCGCAGACCGGUCGAAGAAUCGCACCGACCCACACCCCGCUUCCCUUGAUCGAGGCGGCAUUGAAGAACACGCACCACGAUCCGGAGGAGCUGAGCAUUUUGCAGAAGAAAUCCAAGAAGGAAUGGCAGGUGCUGCACCUGGAGCGUUUCGAGGGACGAGAAGUGGCCGCCGAGACCUGCGAACUUCAGAAGUCCAAGUGCAAGUUGCGCUCCUUGGAGUCGACGACGCUGAUCCAGCCAGGGGGAAAGACCACCUGUAUGCAUCCGCAGGAGGGUGCCUAUGAGUUUGUAGUGAGAAAAGGGGAUCCUGAGAAGCUUGUUUUCUUCCUUCAAGGCGGCGGCGCCUGUUGGGAUCCCAUCAGCUAUGAGCGGAGGGUCUGCACGAUGGACAUCAGCUAUUCGAAGAAAGUUUCGGGUCUGCUGCAUAACCGUGGGAUCUUCAACUCUGACGACAGCCAGAACCCCUUCCGCACUUGGACCAUGGUGGAAGUCCUCUACUGCUCUGGCGAUUUGCACGUGGGUGAUGUGGUGGGUGCUGUGCCACAGCGGGGCUACCAGAACACUCAAGCUGCACUCGACUGGGUGGCUAGCAACGUGGGGUCGUUGCACUCCUUACUCAUCAUGGGCUCCUCAGCAGGUGCCCUGGGUGCGCAGUUUUGGUCGCAACGGAUCCUGGAGGCCCUUCCGCAUCACCAUGCGAUGGUCCUGGCCGACUCCUAUGCGGGCUACUUCCCCGAGAAGACCGAAGGGCCCAUCCUUCAGGGAUGGCAGAGUUGCACGGUGCCUGUUUUCACACCAAAGAUUCAGGACGCCUGCGUGCUGGGCAGCAUUACCGUGCCCAUGGUGGUGACCUCAACGAUGGCAGCCAAUACCAAGGUGAUCUAUGGUCAAAUCGAAAGCAAGGAAGACAAGGAGCAGCGGAAGUUCUUCGACCUAGUCGCAAUAACUUUCCAGAAGGCCAUUCCUCCACUGGACGGGGACACCUUCUAUGCUGCUACGAACCUGAUUUUCGAGGAGUACAACAAGUACCCUAACUACAUCAGCUUCCUCGUGGAUGGUGAGCACCAUACCUUCGGCAGCUCGUGGAGUACUGCGGGCACCAAUGGCCCAAGGGAAGGCUCACCAGAAGGGGUGCCCAGCUUGCAGGAGUGGGUGACAGAGCCGUGGACCAAGUCCAAGAAGAAGAAAGAUGACUGUGUGAGCUCACAAUGCAAGGGGACAGAGGUGGACCUCGUCACCUUGGCCACGCAGUGUGGAGAGAAGCUUUUGAAGGAGAUCUGCUGA